CAUACUAUGGUGUAAGGAAGCGAGGGGGCCCGUGCAAUUCAUUAUUAGUUUGAAUCAGACAAUAUAAAACUCCGACCUUUUGUUUGUUUUAUAAUGUAACGGCAUCUCAAUGCACGGGCGCGCUUUUAAAUGAGGCACGCGUAAAGCGGAGACUUAAACGCUGUUGAUUUGAUGCUCCGCUCUCAUCAUUAUCAUCACCAGCAGUAUCAUUAGUAGCUAACUGGCAUUUUGUUUUCGGGGGCUUCGGCGAGAAGUGACAAGAAUCUAAGACCCCUCCUCUGCAGGGCGGAGCGUGCAUUUUGAUGUCGAUUUUGUAUCUUUUUUUCUUCUCUGACACGUCCGCACUGAGUGAAUGGCAUUGGCACAUUGUCAAUCGCUCACUACCGCUGCCAUCAAACAACAUAAAGCACACACAGCCCGCGCGCUCGACUCAUAAAUUUCCGCCAGCAGAUAUUUUUGCGCAUCGCUUUAUGGCGCGUGAUUAAUUUUUUUCGCCAGUUUUUCUAUUUUACCUACUGAAAGUGAGAAAACUUUUUUAUACGUUUUUAUAUAUAUUUUUUUCUCUACAAUCUUUAUAGCUCUGGUCGCCGGUGCUGAUGGUUUAAUUUAUUUCAUUCGGCUUCUUUUAUUUUCUUAUGCAUUUUUUUAUUUUUUGGAGGAAAAAAAGAAAUCUUUUUAAAGACAACAUUUUGCCAGUUGUCCACACUCAACCUGCGUCUUUUUAAUUACACAAUCAUUAAUUUUGAUUAAUUAUCACUUUCCGUCAGAGGCAUGGGAUGUUUUGUUUGCAACUCUUUGUAAUACUACGGAUUUGUCCAAGUUUUCCAGAAGUGCACAAGGCGAAAUUAUCCUAAGAAGAACGCAAAUAAGAAUUCCAGACAUCUGCAAAGGACCCCAGCUCUUCAAAGAGAAAAAAGACAAAUUGGCAUGAAGAUUCGGACAGGAUUGAACGGGCAACCGCUGUCACCUGAACGCUGAAGUUUACUUCAAUAACAGACAAGAAAGAUCAUCGCUAAUUUUCCUCUAAUGGACAUUCUUACUGGGGGAUCAAAGACGAUUUAAAUCUUUUCCCGGGACAUCAAUUCCGCGAUCCAGCGAUUUAUUGUAUUUUUUCUUCUCUUCUGCGUUGCUUCACGGUCAAUAUUUUGUGCACGGUAGCGACCCGUUAAACGCCGCACAUGAAAUAAUCAAGUUGUUUUUGCAUGUGCAUUAUCCGACUUUAUUUCACCCAUCUCAGUGACUGAGCACGAGCGCAUUGAUUGUGUUGCGGCGGACUAUGGACGAGCAAGCCCGGAUCAUGCAGACACUCGGCGGUGUCAGCCUGGCUGGUCACUCGGUGCAGGGCGGCAUGGCUCUGCCGCCUCCACAUGGACACGACGGAACCGAUGGGGAUGGAAGAAAACAAGACAUCGGUGACAUUCUGCAUCAGAUCAUGACCAUCACCGACCAAAGCCUGGACGAGGCGCAAGCAAAGAAACAUGGGCUCAACUGUCACAGAAUGAAGCCAGCCCUCUUCAGUGUGCUCUGCGAGAUCAAAGAGAAAACAGGUCUAAGUAUCCGCGGGGCUCAGGAGGAGGAUCCACCAGAUCCACAGCUGAUGCGUCUGGACAACAUGCUGCUGGCGGAGGGUGUAGCCGGACCAGAGAAGGGUGGAGGAUCAGCGGCAGCGGCGGCGGCAGCAGCAGCGGCUGGCAGUCCCACUGACAACUCCAUCGAGCACUCCGACUACAGGGCCAAACUCUCCCAGAUCAGACAGAUCUACCACACCGAGCUGGAGAAAUACGAGCAGGCAUGUAAUGAGUUCACUACCCACGUCAUGAACCUGUUGAGGGAGCAGUCUCGCACACGGCCCAUCUCGCCCAAAGAGAUUGAACGCAUGGUCAGCAUCAUUCAUCGCAAAUUCAGCUCCAUCCAAAUGCAGCUUAAACAGAGCACCUGUGAGGCCGUCAUGAUCUUGAGGUCCCGCUUCCUUGACGCCAGACGGAAACGGCGGAACUUCAGCAAGCAGGCGACCGAGAUCCUGAAUGAGUAUUUUUACUCGCAUCUUAGUAACCCUUACCCCAGCGAAGAGGCCAAAGAGGAGCUGGCUAAGAAGUGCAGCAUAACAGUAUCCCAGGGGGUGGGAACCACCAUCACAGUGGCACAGGUAUCCAACUGGUUCGGCAACAAGAGGAUCCGCUACAAAAAAAACAUCGGCAAGUUCCAAGAGGAGGCCAACCUGUAUGCCGCUAAGACAGCCGUGACUGCAGCACAUGCAGCAGCUGCCGCCGUCCAGAAUAGUCAGACCAACUCACCCACCACACCCAACUCCGGAUUCCAGAUGAAAGAUGAAGAAUUUCAGCUGGAUUCUGCAGAGAACAAAAACACUCUAUUAACCAACAUGUUCACUGGUGGAUACCCUGCGCCAUGUUAUCAGUCAGACGGCAGGAUACAAUGAUGUCCUGGGGGGGAAUCCCAUGUAUAGUCCACAUGGCU